GUAAAAAAAAAAAAAGUUUUAUUGAAACUUUUAAAAAAGAGCCGAACCGGCAAACAAACGGGCUGUCUCCAUCUCUCUCUGUCACAGAAAAAAAAAAACACAGAGAUUUUUUUCAUUAAUCAGCCAUGGCGAAGGGUCGUACAACUACUGCUAACUCUUACGAAGAAGAAAGGAAGAAACAAAUCGAAGAUAACAAGAAACGACUUCAGGAACUGGGUAUUGCGAAGGUGGCUAAAUGUCUAUCAGAUGUCGCUAACAUGGAAAAGCAGUCUCCGGCAAAAAAGCAGGCCAAACCUAGAAUCAGAAAGACUCCUACAAGCCCUGUUGAAGUGAGAUGCUCUUCACGUGCACGUAACACGGUUUCGUACAAGGAAGAGUUCGUUGAUGACCAUUUGCGGGGAAAUAGGUUCAGAUCAAGCUCAUCGUUGAAUACAAGCUACUUAGGGAGGCCACUCGAAGAAAUAAAAGUUCCUACCUAUGAGCAACGAUCUGAUACAAUGGAGCGUGCUGGGAUCUUUCAAAGUGAGCUAAAGCGGAAGUCUAAAUACCCAUCGUGUGUCAAAUCGAUGGUUCGAUCUCAUGUAUACAGCUGCUUUUGGCUGGGUCUUCCAAAAGAAUUCUGCGACAGCCACCUUUCCAUGGAUUGCGAAAAAUGGGAGAUGGUGUUAGUGGAUGAGAAAGGCAUAGAGUAUGACACAAUCUACAUUCCAAAAAGAACAGGUCUUAGCGGUGGGUGGAAAGCUUUUGCCCUUGAUCAUAAAUUGGAUGAUGGGGAUGCAGUGGUAUUGGAGCUUACGGGGCCAGCGAGAUUCAAGGUCUAUAUAUUUAGAGUGUCUGAUAAGUGGGGUGAAAACUGGGGUGAUGUUAAUAUUGCAGAAGUAAAGAAACCAUGUACUGAGGAUACUACUGAUGAGAAUAUAAGUGAAGAAAAGAUUGUAGAGAGCAAAGCUGAAGGAAGAAGAACCCACAGUCUAAAGAGAGUUAAGAAGUCUGAUGCAGAUAACAAGGAUGCAGAUGGCAGUGCAAGCGAGGAAAAUGAUACUGUAAGAAGAAGAACCCAUAAUCCAAAGAGACUUAAAAAGACUGAUACAGACAGUGGGGAUUCUGAUGGCACUAUGCUUGAGGAAAAGGCUGUUGUAGAAACCAGAGUUAGAGGAAGAACCCCCAAUCCAGAGGGAGCUAAGAAAUCUGAUGCACGUGAUGCGGAUAUUGAUGAGAACACGAGUGAAGAAAAGGAUGUAGUAGGUGAUCCAAAAGCUACAGGAAGAAGAACCCGCAAGUCACAGAGAGUUGUGAAGUCUUCAACAGCGAUUAGUGCAAGUGAAGGGGAUGGGAGCUUGCAUAACUUGCUCUAGUUAAAGAAAAAGAUAACUGCACAGGUUUUAGCACAGUAACAUUGCCAUCUUAUUACGUGUAUAUGAAAAAUUGCUAAUUGGUACUUGGUAGUAGCUCUAGGAUAGGUGGUCAGGUCAAGCUACUUGCUUUUUUUUUUGAAGAAGUUAUAAUUUCCGAAGCUUUUAAGAAUAGUAGUCCAUAACUCUUGUAGGUGAUAUUAAGUUUUAAUGAUUGAUUCUACCAUCAUAACGUCUUUUCUAGGCAUUUGAUCUA